AAGAGGCACCGGUGUUGAGGAGAGGUUCGGGCGUGAAGGGGACUGGGCGACACCGGACGAGGCAACUCGCGCGCGGUGCUCUGCCGCGGAGCCGCCCGGCCCCAGGAUGUCGUACAUGCUCCCGCACCUCCACAACGGCUGGCAGGUGGAUCAGGCCAUCCUCUCGGAGGAAGACCGAGUUGUGGUCAUUCGGUUCGGACACGACUGGGACCCCACCUGCAUGAAGAUGGACGAGGUUCUGUACAGCAUAGCUGAAAAGGUUAAAAAUUUUGCAGUUAUUUAUCUUGUGGAUAUUACCGAAGUACCCGACUUCAACAAAAUGUACGAGUUAUAUGAUCCGUGUACUGUCAUGUUUUUCUUCAGGUAUGCCUUCAUUGUUAUUUAAAUGGAAUAUUCUUGGCUUAGAAGUUGGAGGUAAUUGGGGCAGAGUCUGUUAUUUAGGAGGAAAUAGUUAUGCAGCCUUAUCACAAGGCAGUUUGUAUCACAAGGCAAUCAAUA